AAUAAAAAAAUCUCGUAAAAGUGAAGGAAAAGUUUUGAUUUUCUCUGUUACUUACAGCCGCUAUGUAUGAGGAGUCCAAAACAAAACCUUCGAAGAAUCGAACAGAGACAGAGAUCCAAUAAGCGGACUAAUAUAUCGCUUCAUUGUCCAAAAAAUUACUCGUAUAAAUUCUGUUUGAAACUAAUUUUUCAUUAAUCUUCGUAUUUCUCAAAAAUGAUAUCCCGAAAUUCAUUGAGAAAAUCAACUAGCUUUCCAAAUUAAAAAGGAAAUCUCACACUUUUUCUUCAGAAUGCCUUCAUUUAAUCCCGCGUCAAAGGCGUUUACGCGCUUGUUUUCGUGUCGGGAUUUAUUCCGGCGGCGGAUAAUAAAGUAUAGUGAUUUCAAUCAGAUUAGGUACCUGAGUACAAUUGGUGGGUCAAAUGCAUUUUCUUCAGACAAUAAAUCAGCGGUCACUGGAUACUGGAAUUAUAAUUUACGGGAUUCGGGAAUUUUUCCUAAUAAUCAUAAUGUUAUUGUCCAGAAAAGAGGAUUUUUGGGGUGUGGUGAUGGCGAAGAGGGGAAUAUGUUAGCUAAGGUACACGAAGAGAGACGUGUUUUGGGAUAUUCCCCAGAGCAAUUAUUUGGUGUGGUUGCUGCUGUCGACUUAUAUGAGGAUUUCGUUCCUUGGUGUCAUCGAUCAGAGAUAAUUCGACACCUUCCUGAUGGGUCGUUUGAUGCUGAGCUGGAAAUUGGUUUUAAAUUUCUUAUUGAAAGUUAUGUAUCCCGCGUGGAGUUCAAGAAACCUAAAUAUGUAAAGACUACAUCUUCCCAAAGCAGCCUUUUUGAUCAUUUGAUUAACAUCUGGGAAUUUAAUGAGGGGCCUGUUCCAGGCACCUGCAACCUUUAUUUCUUGGUGGACUUCAAGUUUCAGUCACCAUUUUAUCGACAGAUGGCAAAUAUGUUCUUCAAGGAAGUGGCGUCUCGAUUAGUUGGUUCAUUCAAUGACCGAUGUAAAUUGAUAUAUGGACCUGGGGUCCCAAUUCUUGAAAAUACUUUUGAACAGAGAUCGUGAAAAGUUACAUCAUCUGUGCCUUUAUGGUGAUGUUUUCAAAUCCAGUUCCAGAUGAGUUCAUGGUUUUAAGUAAGCUCAAUUUAUCUAAAUCAGACUGAUUCAACCCUUGCCUUAUUCUGUUUUUUUUUUUUGUCUCAGGCCUCUUGAUCAUUCCAUGUGUCUUCCUUGUUGGAACUGCCUGGAAUUUCCAAUCCUUCAAUUUACUCCUAUUUCGGUCCAUCCUUAGGCAGAAAUAUACAAGUUUAUUUCAUUUUUUAAGGAAGAGAUAUGAUUGUACUUUUGAGUACAGCUCUACCGAGUAGAUUAAUGUUGUAGCGUUGAUAUUGUAUUUCUCUUCCUCCAGAGCUAGAUGAUACUCAGGGUGGCUCUAAAUGUACGACCACUGUAUGAUGUCUUUUAUGAACAAUUGCAUUCCAUGAUGGCUAA